GGCAACACCCAAGCUGCCUCUAUUUCCUGAUUCAUUGCAACUGCUGCUCUCAUCAGCUUCUAUAUGAACCCUGGAAUGAUCUGAACCCCAAAGCAAGCCCCAGCCAUCAGCACUAGCCCAAGAAACACAGACUCUGGGAGACCUAACUGAUAAUUGCUAAAACUACCAGCACUCAGCAUGUUCAAAAAUGAGUAUCAGGGAGGGGCAUUUGUUGAAAUCUUCAGUGCGCAAGGAAAAGAUCCAAUGGCCAAAUGGAAGCUUUCCGGCAGACAAUCCGCAAUCUGGAAGGACUUUGAUAAAGAAGUCAAGAGUUUUGUCUUUGUACUCGAGGGAAGUAGCCAAACCAACAAAAUGCAGCUCCCCAAAGAAAGCCGCCAUAACCUUGGCCUCAUCCAGCGAUUCCUGAUCCUCCAGCUGUACAUCCCGCUAGGACAGGACUUCUCUGCCGAGUUGCUGAUAUCUGACUUGGGAAAUAUUAAAAGAAGAUUAUAUUUAUCAACCGUCCAUAAGGAAUUAUCGGCGACUCCGUUGCACGCGAAAAUACCGCUGCUGGGGAUCAAACGCAAAAUCUGGUGCAACCUGUGCAUUGAUGUGGUGUCAUUCACAAGUGGAAUAUUUAAAGGGGCGGUUUUCCAUUCACUUGAUGGUAUCAUUGUUUCUGCCAACUGUAAGCUAAGAAAGAUCUACACCAUGAAAUUAAAGCCCAAAGAGACCAUGGAAGAGGAAGAUAUAUAUGGAUCUUCCCUACCACAUAAUGAACCCACAGAUAUUAUUCCUCGGUGCUGCCAAAUUACAACAGAAGUACAACAGAUCACUCAAGUGUUAGAUCUGACAAAACUACAGCGAGUGGAGGCAAAACAAGAUGGAAGGCCCUUGGGGUUAUUGGAAACAGAUCAUAUUAGUAGCAGAGGAGCAAGAAGCGCCCACACUAGCAGAAGUCCUGACAAGUCCCACAUUGCGUUUGGAUCCAAGGUACUGGGUCCCCCUCCAGCCACGAGCAGAAGAAUGAGCUCCAGAGCAUCAGCAGAGACUACAAGGGCUACGAGCAGACACGAGAGAGACUCACAGCAACUGCCAACCGGGACUGAAGAUUUAAAAGCCCAAACUAUGGAAGGGAAAGAAUCGAUCUCUUCAUUUACUCAUUUUUCACAUCAAAGAAACAAGGAAAAUGUUCAAGAGACGAGAAAGAAGGAGAAAUGUCCUCAUGAAUACAAAUCAAAUCCACAAGAUUCAGCUGUCACUGACUGGAGAAUCAGGAGAAAGCAAAGUGGAGAAGAUGUUGGCAGAGAGAGAAGCAGGUUUCCUUUUGACGGUUCUUCUUUGGGACAUGGCGGAAAGGAAGAUAAGCUCCUUAUUCAGAUCCACGUUCCGGCAAGUGAAUAUCUGAAUCCGGCAAGGAAAGGAAAUAAGUCACCGGAGCUUGGAGAGCGUGAGGCACUUUCAGAUGAGAUGUUAACUCCUGACAGUUUUCAAGAAAAAACAUCUAAAUCCCCUGAGAGUCAGCAGCAGGAACUCAACAAUGAUCCAUCAGAGGAGCUUGAAGAUUACCAGCAAAAUGGAAGCCGGAAUGAAAGCAGAACCUUCCCAGAGGAAGAGGACAACCUUUACACCUACUGGUCAAUGCCACGGUCCUCCCGCCUUUUCAAGCCACAGUCCCUUGAUCACAGCACAGUUUCAUUUGAUGGCAUGGAACUCAACAGCCGAGGGGCACAGUUAGAAGAUGAUUUUUAUAGAAGUGACGACAGCUUACAGGAGAGUGCACACUUCAAGUGGACGUCCAGCCCCAAGUCAAGUCAAGUCAAAACACAGUCAACGCAGUUUUCGGAAUCUCCCCGUUCCUUGGAUAUUUCUAGAGAAAGUACCCAUAGCAGUAAAUGGGCUGCAGAUUCUAAACAUGAAAGUCCCAUGGAGGGAAGGGCACAAAUUGACGACCCCCUGACUGUAAAAGCAACAGACGCGUUUCAGAAGAAUCUCGUGCCCACUCGCAGUUUAUCCCCCAGCAGAAGUAGAAACGAAACCCCCACAGAGGAUCCGAUCCUUUCCAGAACCCGACAGCAACGGGCAGAUAAUAAGCUACGGAUGUCUCUGAGCAGAAAGUCUCUAAAGGAAAUCCCGACGGGGGAUCAAAGACUAAUCAGUGAUGUACCUGAUUAUGACUGGAGAAAUGCUCAGCCUAAUCGCUUGAGUGCCUCCGAGAUGCAGAUGCUGGCCAGUCUGAAGAGACAACAGAAUGAAGAGCUGGAAGACUUUGAGACUUUGCAUGGACUGAGCCGAUCCCAGAUUGACCAAUGCACGGUCAGCAUGAGUACAAGUAGUGACGACACAAUGAGCUGGAGCUGCUCUAUUAAACCACCUGUCACUCAAGGUUGUCAUUAUCAGACGGAAAUGAACCCACUCGCUCAAUCAAACCCCCGGGAUUGGAUUCAUGUGUUCAGCCCCCCCAUCGUGCCCUCAAGUCACAUUCCAGACAAGAGCAGGAAGGCCCCAUGUAAACUUAACCAAUCAGGUGUGAGUUCUUGUACUGAAGAUGACGAUGGUUUGGGGGCAGAAGAGGAAGAGGAAGUUCUAACGCUGCUCUACGAUCCCUGUCUGAACUGUUACUUCGACCCAGAGACUGGCAAAUACUAUGAACUGGCGUAGGGCACAAAUAGAAACAUGACACAAUAUCCCGGCCCCAUCAGUCUAGUGUUCCUGUCUCUGACCCCUAUUUGGAAGCUGCAAAGAGUCACAAGGAGAAGGGAAAUCAUUUUAAAACAUGAAGACCAAUUGGAAAGUCGCUUAGAAUUAGACAUUCUCUAACAUACAGAGAAUCACAUUUAAAGCAGAUGAAGCCAUUGGUUAGUGCUGGUUUAUUUCAGUUCUGUAGUUUGUAUGUACUGCCCCCCUGUAUAUGUCUAAUUAAAUCACUAGUGUUACAAUGGGAA